GCCCCGCCAUUGGUGGCUACAGCUGUCAAUCACUGGGUCCCAGCUGGAGAUUCCCCUCCGGCACCCGUUGAUCGCCAAAUAUCACUGGCGGGAGAGAGUUCUGUAUGUAAACAAUACAGAUCUCUCCUCUGUCAGCUUCAGCAUGCUGCUUUGUAUUGCUCUGCAGCCUGCCUCCCUAGUAAAACACACACACAGCACACAGUAAAACACACACAGCACACAGUUAACCCUUUGAUCAUCCCAGAUGUUAACCCCUUCCUGCCCAGUUUCAUUAGUAUGGUGUCAGUGCUUUUUAUUAGCACUGAUCACUGUAUUAGUGUCACUGGAGAUGUCAGUGACAGUUAGUCAGUCCCCCCCCCCCCAGUGUCAGAAUGAGUGCCGCAGUCCUGCAGUCCCACCAUAAGUCGCUCA